CAACAGUAUUCAAAAUUUGUAUCGUAGAAAUACAAUAAAUAUGGUGUUAACCGAUGAAUUAGAACAAUACAAGAUUCCUGUGGUUAAAGAAGGGUCCAAACAUUUUUUUUUCACGAACAAGGCAAAAGACUGGGAUUUCGAAGCAUAUUUUAAAUCAACUCAUAAUAUCAACAAAUUCAAAAACAUUGCCAAGGUUCGACUUGACUACGACUACGAUCUCAAUUGGAUCACUCGGUUGGAAGAGGUGCCGAUUGAGAUCAAAGAAUAUGCUCGUGCUUUAAUUAAGAAGAAGAAGCCCUAAAAAGCUGCUUUGAAAGCUAGGUUGGCCAAGCGUAACAAGAAACAAAAGUUAGCUGGACCAACAGUUGUUAUCAGCGGCAAUAUGGAGGCACAAUUAAUAAUAACAGUAUCAACAAUAGCGAAGUUCGUUUUACAAGUGAUUCGAGUGUUAAGGAUAAAGUCCUGAAAAGAAUAUA